AUGAUCGCCACUGGAGGCCUCCUGAGGAUCUCAGCUAGGAAACAGGACCCCUUGCGACCCCAAAGCCAAGUCCCCAAGCGCAAACGCAAGGCUAAAAAGAAGCGCAAGAACGACGUGGUGGUGGUAAAAGGCAAGCUCAAGCUGUGCUCUCUCUCGGGGCUCAUCGCCCUCUGUGGCAUCCUGGUAUUGCUGGUGGGCAUCGCCUUGGCCGUGGUGGGCUACUGGCCGAAGCCCAGCCAGGUGUACAGAGAAGGCAGCUUCAGCGGGAGCUGGCACCUGGCACCGCAGGGUGGCACCUCCAAGAACCACCUCCAGAGCGAGGAAGGGGCACAAGCAGGGAUCCAUCCAGAGUAACUCCCCAGAGCAAACACGUCCACCACUACUACACCCCAAGGGUCCCCACGGUCCCCCCCUACUUCCUCGUCCCCCCAGGCCUCGGUGGGUUUCCUUUUCCAUCUUUUCUCAAGCUACUUGCAUUCAGACAAGCUGAAGGUGCUGGGCCCCCUCAUCAUGGGUAUCGGCAUCUUCCUCUUCAUCUGCGCCAAUGCGGUAUUGCACGAGAACCGUGACAAGAAGACCAAGAUCAUCAACCUACGUGACCUCUACUCCACCGUCAUCGAUGCCCACAGCCUGCGGACCAAGGACGGAGGCACCCCAGCCUCAGCCCCUCUCAACGGCUUUGUCAGCUACGUGCAGUCGCGGGGCUUGGAGCUAAAGCCUGGUGCUGACGGCCUAGGUGCUGCGGCCAUGCUGGCCAAGAGCUCCUGGCCACCAGGACUGGCCCCGGGGAGCGGGGGCCGGCACAGCACGGCCAGCUCCAUCGUCGGCUCUUCGCUGAGCGCCUUCACCCUCCUGCCCUUGGCACCGAGCGGCGGAGGGGAAGACUGGCGGAGGCCACCUGGUGAGCGAGGAGCCCGGGAGAUCCCAAGGGGGGAGUUUGAACUGAGCCUGACCGACCUCAGCAGCAGCCACGUCAAGGGAGGCUGUGGGUCGAGGAGGCACCAGCUGGUUCUCAGGCGGCAGAGCACCAGCUGCUUGCCUGAUGCCAGGCGUCCUCUUUUCCCUGAGCCACCUCGGUCUCCGGCUGUCAGCAGGGGCCUGGACUCCAGCCUCUUGGUAAAGGCAUCUUCUAGCUACUCCAAAUCUCUGGAUGUGGAGGGGUCGCCCCCCUCAACCCCUCCUGCCAUCACCAGGACGGACUCCCAGAGCUCCCAGUCUGAGCCUUCCAGCAGCAAUAAGGGCUACAGCCACCUGGAGGAGGCAGGCACCUCCUUGGAGUCAGUUGCCAACACCCCAGCCAGUAAAAUCCAGGACUGUGAGGAGGAACCAGCUGAGAAGACGGAUCCCCUCAAGGCUACCAGCAGAGAACAAACAGGGGAGCAAUCCCAGCAGACUCAAAAACAGUACACAAAUAAAGAGAAACUCUUUAUGAUUUCUAGGUCGCACGCUGCGUUAGGGCUGGAGGAUGGGGAACUGGAGAGUACUGGCAUCUAAACAAAGCAGAGAAGGCAUGAGGAUACCUUGCAACCCUCCACACCUUCCCCCCUUCUCCAUCUCCUUGUGGACUUAGGAAACCAAUCAAUAUCCAAAGAGCUGCAGUAUGUUACCCCUGAAAAUUGAAUUCAGUAAAUCUUGUAGAUGACUUCAGGAAGAAGAAAAUCCUUUCUGUCCGAUCGUCAUUGUAUGUUCCAUGCAAGCCAAAUUGUAUUAAAUAUCCACAGUUCAGUAAGUUCUUUGGAUCAGAUUAAUACAAUUUCGGACAGUGUAACUGUGCACUUUACUGUUUUGAUUUCCAAGUGCCCCUUCUUCUCCUCUGAUUUCUUUCUUGCUGAUUUGCCACUAACUGCUUGAAGGCCGCAGGCACCUUUUUAAGCUCAAGAGCAACAUGGUCUUCAGAUCAAGAAAGCCGAGCUCUCUCUUUGUUUUGGUUCAAUCACUAAAAAGUUUGCAAGGCCUUAAGGAUGACAUACCUUGACAAAGAAUGAGUUGGUUUAAAUUCUGGGAAAAAAAUGACAAUUUAGAAGAGACUGGAGCGGAACAGAGCUCUGAUGAUUUAGUUAAAACCAUUACAUUCCUAAAUCCAAAAUACCUACUACUACGUGAUACUUUAUUAAGUAUUAUUACACAUGUAUUGACUAAUAGCAUUAAAUAUUUUUUUUUAAUAAAACAUUUACAAACA